UUUUCUCUCUCCUCCAACUCCAACUCCAACUCGCAUCUGCUCUUCAUUUCCUUCCUCUUCCUCCUCCUCCUCCUCCUCCUCCUCCUCCCGCCUCAGGAGUUGUGAUUGCUUCCUCCUCCGUCAAAACCACCGUGUUCUAGUUGGAUCCCCUCCACUAUUCGGCGCCACUGCUAUUGUGGAUUUUCAAUUUGGGGGAGUUCCAACCACUUCUCCUUUUUUGCCGCUGCUAUUCUCGGUGUUGACCACAGUAUAUUAGCUGUGGAUUGCUGAGAGAUUCUUGGUUUGCGAAAAAGUUGUGGAGUGAACAUGGGUCGUCUUAAGAUGCAAUCUGGUAUAAAGUCAAUUGAAGAAGAACCUGAAGAAUCUGAAGUUACCUCAUCUGACAAAGCUGCUUUAUCAUGUAUGAUUAACUCAGAAAUUGGCGCUGUAUUGGCAAUCAUGAGAAGGAAUGUGAGAUGGGGUGGUCGAUACAUGUCAGGGGAUGACCAAUUAGAGCAUUCUCUUAUCCAGUCGUUGAAAGCAUUACGUAAGCAAGUCUUUAUGUGGCAGCAGCAGUGGCAUAAUAUUAAUCCUGUUUUGUACCUUCAACCAUUCUUAGAUGUAAUUCGGUCUGAUGAAACUGGUGCACCCAUUACUAGUGUUGCUUUGUCAUCUGUUUUUAAGAUCUUAACACUUGAUGUGCUUGAUCUAAACACCGCAAAUAUUGAAGAUGCCAUGCAUUUGGUUGUUGAUGCUGUUACCAGCUGUCGGUUUGAGGUGACUGAUCCUGCAUCAGAGGAGGUGGUACUGACGAAGAUUCUUCAGGUUCUGCUGGCUUGUAUGAAAUGUAAAGCAUCUGUUGUAUUGAGUAAUCAGCAUGUUUGCACUAUAGUUAAUACUUGUUUCCGAAUUGUCCAUCAAGCCACAACCAAAGGCGAAUUGUUGCAAAGAAUGGCAGCACACACAAUGCGUGAACUUGUCAAGUGUAUCUUCUCACAUCUUCCUCUGGUGGAGGGCGUGGAGCAUUCUGUGGUUAACAACGGCUCAAUAAAUUCAGAGUUUGGUGGCCUUGCUAAUGAAUUCAAUUUCCCGGCUAAGCAGUUUGAUAAUGGGAAUGGUAAUUCUGAAUAUGAUGGUCUAUUGCCCACUGCUACUUUCGAAUCAAACGCUCCUGCGGGUAUGGUAGCUGGUGUUGUGGAUGAAAAUGGCGAUGGUAGUGGGAAGGAGUCAAAGACAUAUGAUUUGCAUGUGAUGACGGAGCCAUAUGGAGUACCCUCCAUGUUUGAGAUCUUUAAUUUUCUAUGCUCAUUGCUGAAUGUUGUCGACCACAUUGGAAUCGGUCCUAGAUCUAAUGGCUUGGCCAUUGACGAGGAUGCACCUCUCUUUGCCUUGGGUCUCAUAAAUUCAGCUAUUGAGUUAGGUGGGGCUUCUUUUCUCAGGCAUCCAAGCUUACUAAAUUUGAUACAGGAUGAGCUCUUCCGCAAUUUGAUGUUGUUUGGUCUGUCACCAAGUCCUCUGAUUCUUUCUAUGGUAUGCAGUAUAGCUUUGAAUCUAUAUCAUCAUUUGCGAAUGGAGCUUAAACUACAACUUGAAGCUUUCUUUGCUUGCGUGAUCUUAAGACUCGCGCAAAGCAGAUAUGGUGCUUCUUACCAGCAGCAGGAGGCUGCAAUGGAAGCCCUUGUUGACUUCUGCAGGCAAAAAACAUUCAUGGUAGAGAUGUAUGCUAACUUAGACUGUGACAUAACAUGCAGUAAUGUGUUUGAAGAUCUUGCCAACUUGUUGUCAAAGAGUGCUUUUCCUGUAAACUCUCCAUUGUCUUCUAUGCACAUUCUUGCUCUUGAUGGGCUAAUAGCUGUUAUUCAGGGGAUGGCUGAAAGGAUUGGCAAUGGAUCUCUUGGCUUAGAGCAGGCACCUGUCAGUCUUGAGGAGUAUGCUCCAUUUUGGAUGGUCAAAUGUGACAGUUAUAAUGAUCCUAACCACUGGGUUCCAUUUGUCCGCCGCAGGAAAUAUAUCAAGAGACGCUUGAUGAUUGGUGCUGAUCACUUUAAUCGGGAUCCAAAAAAGGGGUUAGAGUUUCUUCAAGGUACACACUUGUUGCCUGAAAAACUUGAUCCACAGAGUGUCGCUUGCUUCUUCAGAUAUACUGCUGGGUUAGAUAAGAAUCUUGUAGGCGAUUUUCUUGGAAACCAUGAUGAAUUUUGUGUUCAAGUUCUUCAUGAGUUUGCUCAAACUUUUGAUUUCCAAGAUAUGAACCUUGACACAGCUCUGAGACUAUUUCUGGAGACUUUCAGACUUCCUGGAGAAUCACAAAAGAUACAAAGGGUGCUCGAGGCAUUCUCAGAGAGAUACUAUGAGCAAUCUUCACAUAUUUUGGCUAACAAGGAUGCUGCAUUUUUACUGUCAUAUUCAAUUAUAAUGCUGAACACGGAUCUGCACAAUGCACAAGUUAAGAAAAAGAUGACUGAAGAGGACUUCAUUCGCAAUAAUCGACACAUUAACAAUGGCGAGGAUCUCCCACGUGAAUACUUGUCGGAAUUAUAUCAUUCUAUCUGCAAAAAUGAGAUUCGUACGACACCUGAACAGGGUGCUGGUUUUGCUGAAAUGAAUCCAAGCCGGUGGAUUGAUCUAAUGCAUAAAUGCAAGAAGACUGCACCGUACAUUGUGGCAGAUACGAGGGCCUAUCUUGAUCAUGAUAUGUUUGCCGUAAUGUCUGGUCCAACGAUUGCUGCCAUUUCAGUGGUAUUUGAUCAUGCAGAGCAUGAAGAAGUCUACCGAACUUGCAUUGAUGGCUUCUUAGCUGUUGCAAAGAUAUCAGCUUGCCACCAUCUUGAAGAUGUUCUUGAUGAUUUAGUUGUUUCUCUUUGCAAGUUCACUACCCUUUUGAACCCAUCUUCUGUUGAAGAACCUGUCUUGGCAUUUGGUGAUGAUAUGAAAGCAAGGAUGGCCACUGUUACUGUCUUCACCAUUGCAAAUCUCUAUGGGGACUACAUUCGCACAGGGUGGAGGAAUAUCCUGGAUUGCAUUUUAAGGUUGCACAAGCUUGGUCUUCUUCCGGCUCGUGUGGCCAGUGACGCUGCGGAUGAAUCAGAGCUAUCUUCCGAUCCCGGGCAAGGGAAGCCUCUCACAAACUCGUUAUCUGCAUCUCAUUUGCCAUCCAUGAGUACUCCUAGAAGGUCUUCUGGGCUGAUGGGCCGGUUCAGCCAACUGUUAUCUCUGGACACAGAGGAGCCAAGAUCACAGCCCACUGAGCAACAACUUGCUGCUCAUCAGCGUACACUCCAGACAAUCCAGAAAUGUCGCAUCGACAGUAUCUUUACAGAGAGCAAGUUUCUUCAAGCAGAAUCUUUAUUGCAGCUUGCACGAGCACUUAUAUGGGCUGCUGGUAGGCCUCAGAAAGGGGCUGGUUCACCAGAGGAUGAAGACACUGCAGUUUUCUGCCUAGAAUUAUUAAUUGCAAUUACAUUGAACAACCGGGAUAGGAUUGUUCUUCUUUGGCAGGGGGUCUAUGAGCAUAUUGCAAAUAUCGUACAGUCCACUGUCAUGCCGUGUGCCUUGGUUGAGAAGGCUGUCUUUGGACUUCUUCGAAUAUGCCAGCGGCUGCUUCCUUAUAAAGAAAACCUAGCUGAUGAGCUUCUUAGAUCUCUGCAGUUGGUGCUCAAGCUUGAUGCUCGGGUUGCUGAUGCAUACUGUGAACAGAUCACCCAAGAGGUGACUCGCUUAGUCAAAGCAAAUGCCACUCACAUCCGUUCACAAAUGGGUUGGCGCACCAUUACUUCUCUUCUUUCUGUCACAGCCCGACACCCGGAAGCUUCUGAAUCAGGAUUUGAUGCUUUGGUGUUUGUGAUGUCUGAAGGGGCCCAUAUGUUGCCUUGUAAUUUCAUUCUGUGUGUUGAUUCUGCUAGACAAUUUGCUGAGUCUCGUGUUGGACAAUCUGACCGAUCUAUUCGUUCAUUGGAUCUUAUGGCUGGUUCUGUGGGUUGUCUGGUGAAGUGGGUAAGUGAGACUAAGGAAGCUGUGGAGGAGGAUGCUGUAAAAAUGUCUCAGGAUAUUGGUGAAAUGUGGCUGAGACUUGUGCAAGCCCUAAGAAAAGUUUGUUUGGAUCAGAGAGAAGAAGUCAGAAACCAUGCUAUUUCGUCUCUGCAGAAGUGCUUGACUGAAAUGAAUGAAGUUCACCUUGAACACAGUCUUUGGUUGCAAUGUUUUGAUAUGGUUAUAUUCACAAUGCUUGAUGAUUUGCUUGAAAUUGCCCAGGGGCACUCUCAGAAGGACUAUCGUAACAUGGAAGGGACACUUACUGUUGCCAUCAAGCUUCUUUCUAAGGUUUUUUUGCAAUUACUCUCUGAACUCUCUCAAUUGACGACAUUCUGCAAACUAUGGCUGGGUGUCCUUAGUAGGAUGGAGAAGUUCACAAAAGCCAAAAUUAGAGGGAAGAAGAGUGAAAAGCUCCAAGAGAUAGUGUUAGAACUCUUGAAGAACACACUAGUAGAGAUGAAGAACAGUGGAGUCUUGGCUCAGAGGAGUGCGUUAGGUGGAGAUAGCUUAUGGGAAUUAACAUGGUUACAUGUCAACAAUAUCUCUCCAUCUUUGCAGUCUGAAGUAUUCCCGAGUGCAGAAGUUGAUGAGAGUAGUAAUGAAACCCCUGUUGAACCUGUGGCUGCAGAAAGUUGAUAAUUUCAUACUUAAAUCUCUAUUGAAAACAUGCUCUCUUUUAUGCAUCCUAUGAGUGUGUUGAAGUUCUUUCUAACGGCUAAAGUGUGUAUUGAUUUGUAGAGCGGCAGAGGAGAGAAUAUGGUACACAGUUCUGUCAUCUGUAUUGUUCAGUUAGCCAGAUACUCCAGUGUUGAAGAUAGAAUUUUCUUGGACUGGGGUUCUUGAAGUUUUGCAGUUUUCCUAGGUUUAUUUCAGUAGGACAAAAUGAUUGUACCUUCAAUAUUUGGAUUAGCCAGUGAAAGAGGAAAUUUGUUGGUCCUCACUCUAGAAGUCUAGAUAGUUACAAAGUUAGAACUAUUGCCCGUGUAAUUGAUGUACAGAUAUCCAUCCUAAAAGUUUUAGUCCCUUCAAUGUUAAAAGUACUCCUAUCAUCAUAAACUAUACCAAAAGUGAGUCAAAUUGAUGUAGAGAUGGCAAAUAUCGUUUGAUGUCCCUCUCAAUAUAGCGUCAACAAAUACAUUAAAUGCAUACUUGAAUCAAUAACAUAUUUCCUUUGA